UCCGAAUCAUAUGUUUUUGUUGAAUGAGUUUAGUAAAAGUUGAGAAAGCCAGCAUCAAAGGCCAUUGACGAGAGAAAAUAAUAGGCUGAAAUGGAAGAUAAGCCACCCUUAGAAAAAGAUGAGUACGAAAUCAGAUUCUACGAUAGAGCAGUUCGAGAAUUGUACAGAGAAGUGGAGUAUAUCUAUUUUAACUCUGCAAAUGAUGCGUUCAGCAACAUGGCAAAGCUGGUGAAAAAACAACUGGGCGAGGCCAAGAAGGACAAAGUGGACCAUAUUGACAGGAAUUACGACUUGGUGUCCAAGAGAGUCGUAGACGAAACAAAGAAGCAGCUAGGUGCCUUGCAGAACAUGAUGGAGCAGAAAAUUUUCCACAUCCCCGACGACGUGGUUCUUCCUGAGGACAUGUGCCAGAUGCGCUAUGCCAACACCACUGGCAGCAAAGUCGACCAACAGUUUGAUCAGAUCCUUGGAAGAUUUGAGGCCGUACGCUUCUUGAAGUCAGCUGUCAACGACGAAAUCCAAUGCUUUGAAAACCUGUUUCCACACACUCAAGCUCUAUGUGAAGACAUUGAAAAGUGUUCUAAACGCAUAGAAAGUAAUCUUGUUAAGCCAUCUACCCUAGAACAACUUCUCAAAGUUGAAAACCUGCUUUAAAUUAACUGUUAAUAAUUAGUAGAUUUGUGACUCGUAAAGUUGCAUAUCAAAAUUAAACCUUAACAUAAGAAUUGUAAAAACUUAGAAUUAUAAAAUAAAAUAUCGUGUUGUAAAUUGUACCAUUAAAUUUACUUA